GCAUGGAGAAAAAAGAGUUUAUUAACUCUUUGGAAAAAAGCUCAUAUUGGAAAGGAUGGAAGCUUUCUACCAGACACACUCACAGAAGAAUUUAUGGAUGAUGCAUAUGCCAAGUUUGAAUCAUUGAAGCAAGCAAACCCUUCCAAGUCUGACUUAGAACUUGAAGAUGAAGCUUUUGAGCACACCAUGUAUGAUGGAGAGAUUCCCAAACGUCCCGUAGGUUAUGGACUUGGAGUUCGAAAGGGGGACAUUUACGGGGUGCAUGGUGUCCUGAAGAAGCAAGGGUGUGGAAGAGUUCGAAAGACGGCCGUGUUCAUGGAGAAUGAUAAAGAAGAAUUGUCCACUCUGAAGAAGGAAAAUAGAUUGUUGAACACCCAAGUCCAAGAGAACAAAGAAGAAGUGUCUGUUCUCAAGAAGGAAAAUAGCUUGUUGAAAGCCAAAGUUCAAGAGAACAACUCUCUGCUCAAAACUCUUGUUGGACAAUUUUCUCAACUAGUAGGUAAAGUUCGUAAAGGAGAGGCUUCAAUGCACCUUUUAGAUUGUGCACAAGCAGUCUUGGAAGUGACAAACCAAAAGGUACUCGAAAAUAAUGAAGGUGCAAAAGAUCAAGAACGGAUGGCUUCAAAGUAGCUACUAUCGUAUCGUCAUCUAUUUUACUAGCGCGCU